AGCUUCAUACUCUCUAAUAAAUCGAAAUUGCCUAAACCUGAAUUGAAGUGGGAUAUCGCACAACUAAUAUUUGGCAGAAGAAUAACACUUUUACGUUGUCGACGGUCUGCAUUCACACGUUCUCGAAAACGGGCUCUUGAGAAAAUGGAGAAAUGGGAAUUCACGGAGAAACAAUUCUCAUCAGAGUUUACGAAUUAUUUCUUCGUGAUGGUUCCAGAACAGAUGUACAUAAAAUGCAAAGAUUUUGAUCAUAAUAAGGAAGCUCUCAUCAGAAAAUGUGUUGGACCUUUACGAAGCAGUGUACUCGCUUUGGAAAUGAACAUAUGUUCGUUGGGUGAAUCAGCUUUGGGCGAUUUCUUCAAGCAUUUAUCACCGUUCGGCUUACAUUUAGCCGGUCGUUUCGAUAGGAGUAUUAUAUGUGAUCAGGUCCUGCCACUUUCCUCUUUGUACGGACUAUUCAUUGGCCUCAAUCAUACUGAUAUGGAUAUCAGAACCAGAGUGUCUGGAAUAACAGUUCGGAAAAUUGUGGACAAUUGGUACAAUCGCUACCCGGAUAUUCGAAAAGACCUGCAAAACUUACCAUCUAUCCCGAACUAUGAUCUUAGAGACUUCGUAAUAGAAAUUCCCGACUGUGAUUUGGACUACACCGAAUUUUUCGCCUUCCUCAAGGAGAUAAUUCGUGUUCCUCACUGUACCAGAGAAUUCAUUAUAAUUGGCAAUGUUCCGAAAACGCUGAUUCACUACAUUCACAGCAACUUGUCAGACUUAGAUAUGGUUGGACCGGCAGAAUGGGUCGAAGAGGGUAUUUGCAGUGUUGAAGACGUGGAGUGGUCUAGCAGCUUAUCCUGCUGUUGUGAUAAUGACCACGGUUUUGCAAAUCACAACUACUUCAUGGAUCAAGAUUUAGCACGAGAUCCAGCAGAGAUGUGUGAAACUGUUCAGCUGAAUUUGAGCAUUUCGGUUCUGAAAUCCGAGAAGGAGCUGCUGCCGAGAAGGUCUCUCCUUGAUUUUUGGGUCACGUUGAAAGCAGAUAAGAUUAAUCAGGUGAAAGUCUUGCCUGAGGCUGUUCUCGUCGCCACUACCGUUCUACGCAAACGCCGAAGAACCAAGCCUUAG